ACCGGAAAGAGGAGCAGUCACAUGACAUUUAACAGGAAGUAAAUAAACUAGCUUCCCGCGCAGUUAAAUCAGUUCAACAACACGUUCAUCACAAUGGAGGAGCUUUAUUUAGAUAACAUCGACGAAUAUGUCAACGACCACGAUAAGAUAGUGACCUACAAAUGGCUGAGCCUCACUCUGGGAGUCCAUGUGAACACAGCCAAACAAAUGCUCUUCCAUUAUUUGGAUCACAAGAGGAAGGAGAGUUCAGCUCCGCUCCAUGCCACCUACCUCGUGUCAGGGAAGUUUGUGGACAAUGGCCAAACGAGUCACAAGGUGUCAGUUGUCAGAGAGGAGCAGUUGGAAGAUUUCAAAUCCAAGAUGAGCUUGAUAGUCAGUGUCCAUGUCUACAGUGUCCAGAAAGCUUUACUGAAGGACAGCGGCCCCCUCUACAGCGUUGACUACGAUGCCGUGAAAGACAAUCUGAAGAACUGCAGCAGAUACAGUGCGAUCCGCUGUGCCAGUGCAGUACCCAUGUCUUCUCUGGAGCUGCAGCAGACGAGAGAAAUCCAGCGAGCUCCUUCACCAGAGCCUGAGAACAAAAAACCUGGCGUGAACGGAGAUACUAAUCUGGCUUCAAAACCUUCCACCAAGCCACAGAAAGGCAUCAUGGGAAUGUUUGCGAUCAAGACUGCUCCUAAGAACCAGGAUAGUGGCAAAGACGUUAAGUCGGAGCAGAAGGAGGAUGCACCUGUGGUCGAUGCCCCCAAAAGCAAAGCAGCCGCAAAGGCCAAUCCUAUGAUGAACUUCUUUGGGAGUCAAGCAGCAAAGAAACCAGAGAUAACUGUGAAACAGGAAGAAGCAGCUCCGUCAUCGUCCUCAGCAGAGCAACGGCGUCAGAGUUCACAGCCUGAAGAGAAAGCAGCUGCUGCUGUUGCAGCAGCGGAGCCGCCUAAAGACACCAAGAAAGACUCCAGGAGCAAAUCCAAGCGACUCGAGGAUUCUGACAGUGAGGAGGAGAAAAUGGACAAGAAAAAGAGACGAAGGAUUAAGAAGCCCGUUCCAGACAGCAGCGAUGAAGAUGUCAUUCCAGAUUCUCCACAGCCGAUGGAAACAAGAGAACCGUCGCCCAGUCCUAAGAAGCAAAUCAAGCCUGUUUUACAUUCACAUGCGGGGAACUCUGAAAUGAAGACGAGGAAGAGGAGACGAGUGCUGAAAUCUCGGACCUUUUUAGAUGAUGAAGGAUGCAUGGUGACAGAGAAAGGCUAUGAGAGUGAAUCAUACUCUGAAACAGAAGACGACGUUCAGGCCCCCAAACAAGCCCCUAAAGAUCCCAUCUCUGCAAAACUACCAGCCAGUAACAAACAGGAGGAAAAGAGAAGUCAGAAGAAAACGUCUGCAAAUGCAAAUAAAGGAACUAAACAAGCUUCAAUCAUGGGAUUUUUCCAAAAGAAAUGAUGGAGGACGGCGUGAGGAACAAAAAGCCCUGCUGCAGACUGUCUGUAAUGCUCUUUUGGUGAAACUGAAAGCUGAAACACACGAUUGAGGAAAGCAAAUCACAUAUGAAAAGACAUGGUCGUGUCCAAUUCAGGAUGACAACCACUUCACCCUACUAUUACCAGAUGUCCUACUAAAUAAACAUGAAAUACUGAAACUAAA